UCUUUGACAGUUGUUGGUUUUGUUAUUGUUUAUAUCUUUUUUAUAUUCUACAGUGAUUACUAUAUAAAUAAUAUAUUUAUCUUCUUGACUACAAACAUGUAUAUUAUAUUCCAUAAUAAAAAAUAAAUCCGGUAAAAUAUAUGCUUGUUUAAAAUGUGGCCGGUUUUGUUGGAUAUGACCGAGGAUGAAUCCUUGCAAAACUUGAGGCAUUUAGAAUUGGAAGCGUAUGCUGCAUUAGUAUCGGCCUUAAGAGCUCAGGGCGCAUUGGAUAGUAAAAGAAAGCAAAUCUUAACUGAAACUGGGAUAUUACUUAACAUUUCAAGUGAAAGGCACAAAGCUGAAGUAAGACGAGCCAUUAAUGAUGAAAAACUUAAUACUAUCGCUUACUAUAUUACAGGUCACAUAAACACCAUUGAAGAAUGGGCUCAGGAGGGGCGAAGAAAAAUACCAUUACUCAGCAGAGCCCCACCUAUAACACCAUAUUCAGUUAUAGCAGAUGAGUCAUCUGAAGUGACAUCAAAACAUAAUGAAACCUUGCCCUUACCAUCAAACACUGAGAGAAAAAGGGCUGUGGCAGUACAUGUGUCUCCUCCAUUGGCAUCUCCAGCUGAGAAUGGGAAAAUUAGUGGUUUUAGAGUCCCAGAAGUACCUAAAGAGGAACAUAAGAAACGCAGGUGCCAUAAUAUUGCUGAAAAUGGUUUGUUAGGUCCCAAGGGAUUGGCUUCAGCUAAGAUUCAACAAGUUUAUAGACAAAUAUCAAAAAAGCUCAAACCAAGAUUCAAAAUACCUGAAACACAAACUGUUGAGAUCAGGAAGCCCAUACAAGAAACAAAUUUCAUACAUCAUACAAACAGUGUGAAACUUGCACAAGAUAUACCUUCAAAACACAUUAAUUUACAAGAAAUAAGGAAUCCUGUCCAAGAACUUCAGUUUGUUCAAAGAAUAUCAUCUCCAAACAACAUAAAUCCCCCUGCUAAAAUGAAUAUUCCUCAAAAUGUUAGAGUUUGGGGACCUCAGUCUCAUAAUAAUCAACAACAGCCCCAUUCAGUUCCAAGUAAUCUGAAACUAGAUUCUGAUUUAGUCAUAUUAGAACACAAGGUCCCUAUUGAUAAUGAAGAAGAGAUAAUCACAGUUGAACCUCCUCAAGUUGCUCAAAAAACUCUCUCACUUUCAGUAAAUAAGCUGGCAAAGUUGAAUGUAGAAAAAUUUAAAAUUUUGCCAAAUUCCGCGAUGCAAAUGCCAAUAAAGCCCCUGCAAAAUAUUUCAGUGCAAAAGCCAAAAAUGGUGACAAUCCAAGGCAAUUCUGGCAAAAAAGUAAUUCCACUGUCUCAGUUGCAAAUGUUACACCCAAAAGGAGGCAGUUUGAAAGUUUUACCAGCAGCAGCAGUUCAGCUAGGGAAAUUGGAGAAGGAUAAACUAACCUUAAGUCAAAUUGAGCCAAAACCAGUAUCUCCGACAAUGGAACAAGCAAAAACAGAAAUUAUUGAAAUUGAGGCAGAAGCACAUAUUUCUCAUUUUGAGGAUAAUGUAGUAGAAAUGAACUCUAUAGAUAAUAAUUAUGAAAUGAAAGAUGCUGUAUACAAUACUCUAGAAUUAAGAGAGGAAAAUAUGGAUAAUACUGGUAGUUCUACAGAGUCAAAUGAUGAAGACACAUAUGAAAUAGUUGAAGAAAUUAGCUGUGAUGUCAUUGAUGGAGAGAGUCUUAAUGCAGACCAUGAUUUGUCAAGUUGGUCUGUUAUUUGAUCUCCAAUAGGUAUGUAAUAGUGUGAUUUUUUUUUAAAUUAUUAAUAAGAGAGAAGAUAUUACCUUUCACACCAGUGAUGUUAAAUUUCAAUAGGAAUAGGAAUAAGAUCAAAUUUUAAAUGUAAGCUAAUUUAUUUAUUAAGUUUUGUAAGUAGCAAUUUUGUACAUUUAAUUAAUAAUAUUUUAAAUAUAUAGGCCAAAUUAAAUUAAAAGGCCAGAAACUUUUAAA